AUUCAUCAACAAGCCAAAAAGUAAACAACCGAAGAAGAGAAGAUGCACCGGUUAGUUUUCAUCGUGUGUCUCGUGGCUGCCGCCCACACUUUGCCAACCCAAGAAGAAGCGAGGAGUAGCCGAAAUGCAAUUCAAACCGAAAACGAUCUUUUGGACUCAAUUUACUCGGAUUGUUUGAAAAAAGAUUCGACAUCUUGCGUGAAAUACAAGCUUUUCUCGUUUGUGGAUAAGAUGUUGGGAGCUAGAGAUACCAUAACGGUCACUGAAGGUGUUCAAAUUGUGAAGAGCGAAAAUGGCGAACCCGAAGGAGCACCAAGAUCUAUUUCUCCAGAUGACAGCAUCGAAAGUUUACUCUGGAACAGAGUACAAAGAUUCUUGGAUACCCAUACAAUCAAAGUCGAUCUUAAAGGAAGCGAUCUCGUAAAUGCCGUUUCUUCGACUGCCAGAUCCUUCGAAGAUUCUCUCGAACCUGAGGUGGAAGAAGGAAGAGGAAAGAAAAAGAAGGCCCAAAAAAUUUUGGGUCCCCUCAUGAUGGCCGCUGGAUUAAAAAUGGCAAUUUUAGGAAAGAUUGCGUUGGCUGUAAUUGCCCUUAUUGCCGGAAAAGCCUUGAUGGUCGCUAAGAUUGCUUUGGUUCUUUCUGCCAUCAUAGGAUUGAAAAAGCUGUUUAGUGGAUCUGGAAAACAUGUUACCUACGAAGUUGUAGCGCAUCCACAGCAUAGUUCCAGUCACGUAGCAUCCCACGAAACAGUCUAUGGCGGAUCUGGAGGAGGUUAUGGUGGUGGUGAUGGAGGAUACGGCGGCGGAUCAUCUGGUCAUGGAGGAUGGCAAAGAGCUUUGGAUGCACAACAAUUAGCGUAUAGAGGACAAAACCAAAGCCUGUAAAUGCCUUAGCUAGUCGAAAAAUGGAAGAAAAUCGAAGAAAAUACGGCCAUGUACCUGUCUUUUCCUCAAAGAGGAAAC